GCCUGCCGCCGUCUCGCUCACGCUCUUGGACAUUCGAGGCAAGGCAUCUCUUAUGCAAUGUUUGUGGAUAGCUGAGGCAUAAAACCUUUGCACUUUCAUUGACUUUGGGUUCGCGUUCUAUUCGUGUUAAUCAUAUGCAGGCGCGCGUCAUGGAGUGUGAACAAGUUUAUUGAAAUACAUAGCUAAUUAGGAGACAAAGGGUUUAUUCUCUGCAAAUUGUUCCCUUUUUGGGCCACAUUGUUGGAACGAGUCGUAAAGCCGAACAAAGUCCCACAAUGAACAAGUUCUUCAAACAUACUCAAAUAUGUACAUAAAUAUGUACGGAUAAACAUUCAGAGGCGGUCGAUAUUAUGAGUUGACAAUCAUUUACAUAUGUUAAAAGAAUAUUAAAUGAUAGCAUCAUUUGAACAGUUCGCAGAUUUCGCUAGAGAUUUGCGAUGGAGAUUUCUCAAUGGACAUGCCAUAACGGUUCUAUUCUACGGAAUCUAGAUUAAUGAAAGUGAUUUAAACAAAGUAUUCAUUAAAUAUAUCGAGCUCCCAUGGGGUAUAUAAGUGAUGGAUUAAUCAGGGAAAGGCAGCAGAUGCGCUUUAGCCAUGAAGCUGUUCACAACGGUAUUCUGCCUUAGCUUGGCUUUCAGCCUGGCGAGUGCAAAGAAAGCGGACCACGAGACCGGAAGACUAAUCACAAUCCAGUCUCCGGCACCAGCACCAGCACCGGCGCCACCGAGUGUUAUUUAUAAGCUCCCCCCGCAGCACUACUACCCGCCGCCACCACCACCUCCGCCACAUCACUGCAACUGUCCGCCUGGCCCCCCCGGUCCUCCUGGCGCCCCAGGAGCGCCUGGCCCUGCCGGCACGCCGGGUGCACAAGGCCCACAGGGCGAAAAGGGUGACCGAGGUGAAAAAGGACAGAAAGGGCACUAUGGCAUGCCCGGCCCUCCAGGCGCCCCAGGAGCGCCCGGUCCACCCGGCAGACCAUCAUCAAACGAUCAUCAUCAUCACCAUCCACCGCCAGCACCCAGUCCUAGUCCGAUGCCGCAGCCGCCACCACAUCACCACCAUCCGCAUCCGCAUCCACACCCCCAACCACCAAUAAUAAUUCCAAUUCCUGUGCCACCGCCGCACAAGGGAGGUCACCACCACAAGGGAUCUAAAGGCCCUCCCGGACCACCGGGACCGCCAGGAACGGGACCGCCUGGUCCGCCUGGACCACCUGGAGGUUCUCAUCAUCAUCAUCCACAUCCUCAUCCGCCGCCCCCCUAUCCAUACCCUCCAACGGUGCCAUACCCGACACCACCGCAAAUCCCAUGGUUCCCUGUGCCUGUGCCUGUACCCUGGCCAUCAAAGGGCCACAAAGGUGACAAGGGCCACAAAGGUGGCAAGGGCCACAACAAGGGAGGACACCACCACAACAAGGGUGAUGACCAUCAUCAUCAUCAUUAUCCACCAUCCCAUUGGCCACAUUAUCCCCCCAGUGGAGGACAUAAGGGACAACACCCUUACCCACCGUACGGUCAUCCACACGGUCCCUCGCACGGAGGUGGGCACCAUGGACAUCCACAAGGUCCGUCACAUGGAGGUGGGCACCAUGGACAUCCACAAGGUCCGUCACAUGGAGGUGGACACAAUGGACAUCCACACGGUCCCUCGCAUGGAGGUGGACACAAUGGACAUCCACACGGUCCGUCACAUGGAGGUGGGCACCAUGGACAUCCACACGGUCCCUCGCAUGGAGGUGGGCACAAUGGACACCCACACGGUCCCUCGCAUGGAGGUGGGCACAAUGGACACCCACACGGUCCGCCACAUGGAGGGCACAAUGGGGAUGAUCACCACCAUCACAACCACGGAGAUGGCGAACAUAAUCAUAACCACCCACAUUCACCAUCGCACCCGCACCCGCACCCGAUGCCUGAUCCAAGCAAUCCGCACCAUGGAGAACCAGAUAACGAUGGUGAUCAUCACCAUCAUCAGAGCAAUCCUGACGGUCCCGACCACAGAGACAACGAAAGUGAAGAGCAAUACCCGCGAGAUGGCCUGGAUGAAGCUGCUGAAGUAGAGGUAGAGGAAGAGGAAGCAGUAGUCGAGAAUCUAAUUGACGAAAGUGCACAGGAGUCGGCUGAGAACGAAGAAUCUGUGAACAUCGAACCGACUGAAUACGAACAGCAUACCGAGGAUACUGGCUAUAUCAGCCAUGAGAACAACACACUGGACCUUACGGACGAUGCAACUGCCUCAGUCGAAGAACUGCCUGAGGAAUUACCUCAACUGGUGUACGAAAUUGCACCAAACAAUGUUGAAAUGGAGGGAGAGGAAGAGGUGAUUGUGGAGCCCAUGAUAGAGGUCGAAAGCUUGAAUGAAGAAGGCCAGUCCACAGAGUCUGAUCCUGCGGAAGAGCGAAGCAGCAGACGACCAAUUAUCUUAGCCAUAGGAACCCCACGAAACCCAUUUCAGCUGUACGCAUAUGAACACUACAACUCAUGAGCAUGCAGAACAUACGAAGGCUACCAAAAUAC